AUGCUCGCCGUUCACCGUCCUUCCUCCGCCGUAUCCGACGGAGACUCCGUUCAGAUUCCGAUGAUGAUCGCUUCCUUUCAAAAACGUUUUCCUUCCCUCUCACGCGACUCGACCGCCGCUCGUUUCCACACGCACGAGGUGGGUCCCAACCAGUGCUGCUCCGCCGUCGUCCAAGAGAUCUCCGCCCCUAUCUCCACCGUAUGGUCCGUCGUCCGCCGCUUCGACAACCCGCAAGCCUACAAACACUUUCUCAAAAGCUGCAGCGUCAUCGGCGGAGACGGUGGAAACGUCGGUAGCCUCCGUCAAGUCCACGUCGUCUCCGGCCUCCCUGCCGCGAGCUCCACCGAGCGUCUCGACAUCCUCGACGACGAGCGACAUGUCAUCAGCUUCAGCGUCGUCGGUGGGGACCACCGGCUCUCUAACUACCGAUCCGUCACGACUCUCCACCCUUCUCCGAUCUCCGGGACUGUCGUUGUCGAGUCUUACGUCGUUGAUGUGCCUCCGGGGAACACAAAGGAAGAGACAUGCGACUUCGUUGACGUUAUCGUACGAUGCAAUCUCCAGUCUCUUGCUAAGAUAGCUGAGAAUUCUGCGGCGGAGAGCAAGAAGAAGACGUCCCUGUGA